CAGUUCCCCACGCGUCAGUACUACUACGUUAAUUUGGCAAUGAACUGGGCCGACGCUCAGCAUUACUGCAGAGAGAAAUACACUGACCUGGCGACCAUCACAAGCAUGGAAGACAUAAGCAGGUUGAACAGACCUACUUUGCGCGACUCGUGGGCGUGGAUCGGACUGAGGGAUGACCCAAAAUCCUGGAGGGAAAGCAUGGGCAAUGACAUCAACUCCUGGAGAUGGUCAGUGACUGGUGAAACGAGCAAAACUGGUUACCACAACUGGGAUGCACCCGAACCAAACAACACAAUAUCAAAUGACAUCUGUGUGGUGACGACCCCCAAAGGAAAAUGGGCUGAUCAGCGCUGUGAAACUUCCUAUCAUUUCAUUUGUUACAAUGUUACAAACGAAAAUGAAAAAACCUACGUGUACAUCUCAACUUUAAAAACGUGGACUGAUGCCCGUGACUACUGCAGAAAAUACUACACAGACUUGCCGAUGAUCGAGAACAAUGAAGAAAACGAUGAGGUCUCUGCUGCAAUAGAAGCCACUGACCCAGCUUGGAUUGGUCUGUACCGAGUGCGGUGGAGUUGGUCCGACAAGAGCCAAAGCUCCGUCAGAUUCUGGAGAAGUGGUAGCCCAAAUAACGUUGGUGGUAACCAGUUCUGUGUGUCUGAGAAUCCUCUACAUGAAUGGGAUGACGAUGGAUGUAACUUUGAGUACCCUUUCAUCUGCCAACAAGUUACAAAAUUGAAGACCACGCUGAGGAUGAAAAUUGAGACUGACGCUGACUUCACAGAUCCAGCUACUAACGCGCAGAUCCUCCAGCAGCUGGGUGCAGAGCUAACAAGAUUUGGCAUCUCUUCCUUUGCCUGCCACGUCUGUCGUCAGUUCCACUAUGUCAACCUGCAGCUGAACUGGGUCGACGCACAGCACUACUGCAGAGAGAAAUACGGCGACCUGGCGACCAUCCAAAGCAUGGAAGACAUAAGCAGGUUGAACAGACCUACUUUGAUCGACCCGUGGGUGUGGAUCGGACUGAGGGAUGACCCAAAAUCCUGGAGGGAAAGCAUGGGCAAUGACGCCAACUCCUGGAGAUGGUCAGCAACUGAUCCAAAUGUGACGACGACCAUGAGGAUGAAGAUUGAGACUGACGCUGACAUGACAGAUCCAGCUACUAACACGCAGAUCCUCCAACAGCUGACUGCAAAGCUAACAAGUCAGGGAUGGACUGACUUCAAGCUGCAAUGGAAGAUUCAGCCCAGAAAACAGGAGAAAGAGAAACUCACAGAGUGA